AUGUCCGCCACCUAUGCCCCGAGGGGCCUCUAUUCCUGCCAUAGACUGGCCCGUCCUUCUCUCGCCUUCUCCCGUAUCUCGACCUGCCAACAAAGUAUCCGUCCCACCGUUCGCGUCUUCACUACCUCACCAUGGCGCUGCAAGGACGAUACUCGCCUGAAACCUGUCACGCCAGAGACCAAGGUUGCAGCUGCAGAGCCUACCAAGACUCCCGCUGUGAAGAAAGAGAUGGCUGUCGAUCCCCUCCUAGCAGAACAAACCGUUUCCAACAAGGAACAGCGCAAGGCCGAUUGGGCCAUCAUCAAAGACAUGGCCCACUAUCUAUGGCCCAAAGAUGAUUUCGGUACUCGUUUUAGAGUCGGUCUGUCUGUUGCUCUCCUUGUAGGCGCAAAGGUUCUGAACGUUCAAGUUCCCUUCUAUUUCAAGUCCAUUGUAGAUUCUAUGAACAUAGAUUUUGCUGCUGUUGGUGGCACCGCUGUCACCGUUGCCGGUGCUACUAUUUUCGCAUACGGUGCCACAAGGAUAGGUGCUGCUGUAUUUCAGGAGAUCCGUAACGCCGUCUUCGCAAGUGUUGCACAAAAGGCUAUUCGCCGUGUCGCUGCCACUGUAUUCGACCAUCUGCUAAAGCUGGAUCUGAACUUCCAUCUAUCGAGACAGACUGGUGGUCUGACAAGAGCUAUCGAUCGAGGAACAAAAGGUAUUAGUUUCCUUUUGCAGUCCAUGGUCUUCCAUAUCAUCCCUACAGCCCUCGAAAUCUCGUUGGUCUGCGGUAUCCUUACAUGGCAAUAUGGCUUCAAGUUCGCUCUCAUCACAGCCGCGACCAUGGUCGGAUACUCCGCAUUCACCAUCCUCACGACAUCAUGGAGGACCAAAUUCCGCAAGGCUGCCAACGCCGCUGACAACAAGGGUGCCACCGUUGCAGUGGACUCCCUGAUCAACUACGAGACUGUCAAGUACUUCAACAACGAGCGCUAUGAAGUGGGCCGAUAUGACGCCGCUCUCAAGAACUACCAGGAUGCGUCUAUCAAAGUCGCCACGUCGCUGGCCUUCCUUAACAGCGGACAAAACUUGAUCUUCUCUAGCGCCCUGACUGCCAUGAUGUACUACGGCGCUGAUGGUGUCGCAACUGGUCAAUUGACUGUCGGUGAUCUUGUCAUGAUCAACCAGCUGGUCUUCCAGCUUUCGGUGCCUCUCAACUUCCUCGGCUCCGUUUAUCGUGAACUCAGACAGAGUCUACUUGACAUGGAGACAUUGUUCAAUCUUCAGAAGGUCAACGUGGCCAUCAAGGAGCCCGAAAACGCCAAGCCUCUACAGCUAGCAGGUGGCGGUAUCAAAUUCGAGAACGUCUCGUUUGGUUACCGCCCUGACAGACCAAUUUUGCGCAACCUCAACCUUGAGAUUCCUGCUGGCAAGAAGAUUGCCAUCGUCGGCCCCAGUGGAUGUGGUAAAUCUACCAUCCUUCGUCUACUGUUCCGCUCCUACGAUGUUCAAGGCGGCAGAAUCUUGAUUGACGGACAGGAUAUCCGCGACGUCCAAAUCGAGAGUCUUCGCAAGGCCAUUGGCGUUGUCCCUCAGGACACACCCCUGUUCAACGACACCAUUGAGCACAACCUCAAGUACGGUGAUCUUGAGGCUUCUCCCGAGAAGGUCGAAGCGGCUGCCAAGCGUGCAAAGGUUCACGACAUUAUCCAAAAGUUCCCCGACAAGUACGCCACGAUGGUUGGCGAGCGUGGUAUGAUGAUCUCUGGAGGCGAGAAGCAACGUUUGGCUAUUGCACGUCUGCUUUUGAAAGAUCCACCAUUCCUCUUCUUCGAUGAAGCAACCUCGGCCCUCGACACACAUACAGAGCAAGCACUUCUGGGAAAUAUCAACAGCAUUCUUAAGGAGAAAGCACGAACCAGUAUCUUUGUCGCUCACAGACUUCGCACUAUCUACGAUUCGGAUAUCAUCAUCGUCUUGAAGGAUGGUGUCGUAGCGGAGCAAGGUACACACGAACGUCUUGUUGAUAGUGGAGGUGUAUACUCUGAGUUAUGGAGUGCACAGGAGAUGCUUUUCAUUGACGAAGAGCAAGAGAAGUCUGAAGAGAAGAAGAAGCAGGACAAGAAGAAGCUGUAG